AAAUUCAGGAAAUCCCUGAACAUAUCAUGUCUGAAUUCUGUGAUUAUUGCAGGUAAGAUAUGGGAGGUCAUGGAGGUCUAAACAUUCUACCGCAGAAGCGCUGGAAUGUUUAUAACUUUGAUAACAGAGAGAAAGUCCGACUUGAUGAAGAAGCCGCAGCCAGAGAAGAGCAGCUCAAGCUAGAACAAACCAGAAAGUGUGAUGCAGAAUUCCGUUUGGAGAGGCUCAGGCAAAACCGUGGUUUACCUCCUGCCGCUCAAGUGGGUGCACCUGUCUCAUCAGAACAAAAAUCAAGUCAUAUUAAUCUCUUUGAAGGCCUGAAAAUUUUUCCCUCUCUUGGUACCGAGGAAGAAAAAGACGUCGAAAGGGACAGCUUCAAGAAGAAGAAAGCAAAGAAGGAAGAAAAAGCCCCAACAGUUGUUCUGCCAGAGGAUGAAAAGUACAGGCUGGGAUAUGGUAUUGCUGGAAAAGGCGUGAAAAAACCAUGGUACCUUUUGAGACCAUCUGACGAUGUGAAGCCUGAGAGUGAUAGAUUUUCAUCAGGAUCAGGGAAGCCUGAGGAGAGUAAGAAAUCAGGGAAGAAGACAUUGGAGGAACUUAGGGAGGAGCGGGUUAAGAGAGAGAAGAGAGAAAAGGAGAGGGAACGAGCUCUGCUACUGGAGAAGAAAAGGAGAGAUCGAGCCAAUGUGAGUGGCAAAGGUUUUUCUAGGCAUGGGCUGUAAAUUGAGUUUUGGAUGAACAGAGAACUUGAAUAUCAAUAGAUUAAUCAUCUGUCACAGGAACUUGCGUUGCAUUUACUGGGCAGCUGUUUCACGAGGUGAUUUGGGGGAAAGUAAGUUCAUAUAUUGGCCAGGAAACUGUAGCUUUUCAGGUUGCACUUGUUCCAUGAGAGAGCUUUCAAACCCUAGUAAUUAGUGGUUCAUGAUUAUUUUCUUAUUUUCUUUCAAUGUCGGUAAGGUUUAGAGUUAGGAGCACUGAAUCCCUCAUACAUG